UGUCAAACAUAUGUGUCAAUGUCAAUAAAAGAAAAAGUAUAUAGUUUACAGCUCAAUGAAAAAGUACGAUACUUAUAUACACAAUGAUAUUAGUACAUAAUAAAUUUGUAAAUAAAUAAAUUUUAUUAUAAACCACGUUAUGAAGUACAUGCAUAUGUUUUAAUCUAUAAAAUCUUAUAAAUUAUUGAGGCAGUUUAUUGUAUACCGUAAACUAAAAGGUUGGAAAAAGACUCAUCUAUCAUUAUAGUAAUCUGAAGACCUAAAGCUUUUUAUAUGACAGAAAAUAUGUUUAAUAAAACUCUAGCAGACGGCGAAAGAAAAUUCCUUAUUGAAUGCAUUCGUUUCUAUCGUGAAUUACCUAGUUUAUGGAACAUGAAGAGCAAAGAAUAUCAUGACCGUAAAAAGAAAAGCAUGGCCUAUGAUAUGUUGGUUAAUAAAUUUAGGGAAAGGUAUCCAAAUGCUACGAAGGAGGAUGUAAAAAGAAAACUUAAUUCACUAAGAACAUGUUACCGCAAAGAACUUAAGAAACAUCUUCAAUCUCUUAAAACUGGUGAUGAUGUUUAUGAACCCACUCUAUACUAUUACAAUGAAAUGCGAUUUUUGGAAGAACAAGAGAGCACAUCGGAAUCUCAAUCAAUAGAUUUGGAAUGUAGGAAUUUAUCUAUGGACAUGGAGGAAAAUGAGAAAUAUGUAAGUGAAUGUUCCACUUCAGCUGUGAAUGUCACCCAGAACUCCCCACUGUUUGGCAGCCAGAAGAAAAAAGCUGUCAAAUUGCAGAAGCUGGAAGAAUUGAUGGACCUGGCGUGCAAACAUCUGAAAGAAAAAUCUGAUGAUUAUAAGCACUGGGCUAUGGCCUGUGCAGCUGACUUAAAAAAAAUGGAACCGACUCAACAAAUUUUUGCUAAAAAAGCAAUUGCUGAAAUCUUAAUGGAGGGGCAAUUAGGACUAUUACAUCGAGAUUCUGUAAAGAUCAAUCAAACAUCUGAAAAUGUUUUACAUGAAAAUAUUUAUGACGAUGAAGUUGGUGUUAAGUACAGUUCUACAACAUCACCAUCAUAUAUAGAUGAGUCAUGAGUAAGAUUUACUUGUCAUUAUCAUCACAUUAAAUUCAAAGGCUGUUCCAAAAAUGUGUGAAUUAAGGUUCACAUAUACCUACAUGACACGAUUUAUAAUCUAGAAUUCAUCAGUGAGAAAAAUUAUCAGCUUUUAACAUUAUUGAGUAAUUCAAUAAAGGCUACUAGCUUCCUUAAAAUAGAUAUAAUGUAAGUGAAAGUCAUGAUAAACCACAAUAAAGUGCUCCC